GGCCGAAGUUUGAUGAAGCAGAGGGGGUUCUUUUUUCAUCUCCUUUCCUUCCUUCCAUCAUGUUUUAGCCUCUUCAUCUUUUAGGGGGAGGGGGCCAGUAAAAUACCGUCUAAUGAAAGCUCGUGUAUGUUCUGGUGGGGGGGAUUUGCCAUCCGAAACCGAUCGGCUCCGUCUGCACGCUUUAGGUAAUGAACGACGAGACAGAAUCGGAGAGCUGGAAGAGAAACUCCGGGAGCUCCAGUAUUGAGCAAAUGCUGGCUGUGAAUCCCGGGAAGACGCCCAUCAGUCUGCUGCAGGAGUAUGGAACGCGGAUAGGCAAAACCCCAGUGUACGACCUGCUAAAGGCCGAGGGACAGGCCCACCAGCCCAACUUCACAUUCCGCGUCUCUGUUGGAGAGAUCAGCUGCACCGGCCAAGGGCCCAGCAAGAAAGCUGCAAAGCACAAAGCAGCCGAGGCUGCUCUGAAGAUGCUAAAGGGAGGCCUGGGAGGCCCAGCUGGAGUUUCUCUUGGAGAAGAAGAUUUUACCGAAGUUGAUGUGUCUGUAGAUGAAGACAGUUCUCAAAUAGAUAUGAAGACCUCAAACAGUUCCCAGCAAUCUGAAUGUAACCCUGUGGGAGCGCUGCAGGAGUUAGUGGUGCAGAAAGGAUGGCGUUUGCCAGAGUACACAGUCACCCAAGAGUCUGGUCCAGCGCAUCGCAAGGAGUUCACCAUGACCUGCAGAGUCGAGAGAUUUGUAGAAAUCGGAAGCGGCACGUCUAAGAAGCUGGCCAAGAGAAAUGCAGCCGCCAAAAUGCUUUCCCGGAUACAUGAUGUGCCGGUGGAUCUGAGAAGCACUAAUGAUGCUGAGGCUGAGGAAGACACAUUUAAUAUUCACAUGGGAGGCAGAGUGGAGUCGGGUAAAAGUAAAGGCUACAGCUGCACGUGGGACUCACUGCGUAACUCUGCUGGAGAGAAGAUCCUCCAGCUCCGCAGCCACCCUCUGGGAAUGCCCGCUGACUCCAAUUUCUGCUCCCUGCUGAGCGACCUUUCUGCAGAGCAGCGCUUUGACGUCAGCUACCUUGAUCUAGAGGAGCGCAGCCUCAGCGGCCUUUGUCAAUGUCUGGUAGAGCUGUCCACGCAGCCAAUCACAGUAUGCCAUGGUUUCGCCCAGAACGUAGAUGCUGCACGCGCCAACGCGUCUCACAAUGCACUGCAGUACUUAAAAAUCAUGGCAGGAGGGAAAUGACAGACCUGCUCGGUUUUCCUCUCCGCAGACGCACCACCACACUAAAUGCCAACAAACUUCUCCUUUUUGGACAAAGGCGGUAUUUUUUGUGACAUGAAAAAAAAGGAAACAAACACGAAAGAAACCUCAGAUUCUACAUUGAGGGACUUUUUUCUGCUCUAAAAUUAACAAAUGAAGUACUUUCCUUUACUCCCUACAUGUGCCACUGUUGUUUUUAUUGCCUAAGAUUCAUCAACACAUCUUUGUACAAUUUUGCAUAUUUGUCACUAAUUGUUCUAAUGUAC